AUGGACCCGGUUGCCACCCACAGCUGCCACCUCCUUCAGCAACUGCACGAGCAGCGUAUCCAAGGCCUGCUUUGUGACUGCAUGUUGGUGGUGAAGGGGGUCUGCUUUAAAGCACAUAAGAAUGUUCUGGCAGCGUUCAGUCAGUAUUUCAGGAGCCUCUUUCAGAAUUCUUCAGGCCAAAAAAGUGAUGUUUUUCACCUGGAUGUUAAAAACGUCAGCGGCAUCGGGCAGAUCCUGGACUUCAUGUACACGUCCCAUCUAGAUCUUAACCAGGACAACAUACGAGUAGUGCUGGACAUAGCCCAGUGCUUGCAGGUUCAAAACGUUCUGAAUCUGUGUCACACGUUUUUAAAAUCGGCCGCUGUGGAACAGCCCCCUGGCGUGUCCUGUAACAGUACGUUCUCCCUGCAGAGCGCUCUGGCUGCUGACGCCAACUGUGUCGUCAGCGAAAACUACCCUCCUCCUCUGCUGCAGGAGUGUCCCGCGGAGGUUCAGCAGAGUAAGGUGUUGGAUGAACCCCAUUCUCACGCUCCCCCGUCAGUUAAUCUUCAUCACCCUGCGGGCGAAGCGCCCAAACCGGCGCCCGGUCCGCUAGAGGCCAGCGGCCCAGAGCUGCCUCUCAGGCAGAGCUACUGCUACAAACUCCGCAACUUCUACAGUAAGCAGUACUAUAAACAGGCUGCCUGUCCCGGUCACGGGAGGGUGGGCGAGCCGCCCUUCCCGUCCAGCACCCCCACGGGCCUCGGUGCCGGGGAGCGCCAGCCUGGCGUGGCCGGCCGGCAGCCUGCGGGGCUCCUGCCUCCGCACUGCUCGGCCCCGCCCCUGAGUGAGCGGGACCCGGACCCGGGGUCUGACAGCACGCGCCAGCCCCCGGCCAAGCAGAUGAGGCUCAAAAAGGCCAUCCACCUGAAGAGGCUCAACUUCCUCAGGUCACGGACACCCGCGGAGCCGGCGUCUGAAGCCAGGCGGGAGGACGGUGUGACCGAGCGGGCAGACCCCGCCGGCGCAGAUGCGCGGGAGGAAGCCAGCGGCCCCAGUGCUGAGGGGCGAGGAGGCGGGGAGCUCAUCGGCUCUGAGCGCUCGAACUGCGUGAACGACACGGAGCGGCCCGAGGACCCCGCGGCACUGGAGGACCAGUCCCAGAUGCUCCAGCCACAGAGACAGUACGCGUGCGAACUGUGUGGGAAACCUUUUAAACACCCAAGCAACCUGGAGCUUCACAAACGGUCUCACACAGGUGAGAAACCUUUUGAAUGUAACAUUUGUGGGAAACAUUUCUCUCAGGCGGGUAACUUGCAGACUCACUUACGUCGGCACUCUGGUGAAAAACCAUACAUCUGCGAAAUCUGCGGAAAGAGGUUCGCAGCCUCUGGUGACGUCCAGCGCCACAUUAUUAUUCACUCGGGAGAGAAGCCACACUUGUGUGACAUCUGUGGGAGAGGCUUCAGUAACUUCAGCAACCUGAAGGAGCACAGAAAGACGCACACGGCCGACAAAGUGUUCACCUGUGACGACUGCGGCAAGUCCUUUAACAUGCGGAGGAAGCUGGUGAAGCACCGGGUCCGGCACACGGGUGAGCGGCCGUACGGCUGCCCCGCCUGCGGAGAGCAGACAGACAGCGUGGACUGUCGGCUCUAG